ACUUUUGAUUGGUGACCGACCACGAUAUAAAUAGUUUGUGGUCGACAAGCGGACAACCUUUCGCAAGCCACAGUGUCCACUAAAAGAAUUGUGUAUUUGUACGUCGAUAAAUACAAACUGUGAUUUUAUUAGCAGAGUUUUAUUUUAUAUGUGUUGCUGAAAUGUGAGCUGCUGAAAACGUGUCUACUUUCUAGAUAUUUUACCUCAAAAUUAAAAAUGGGUGCGCCGUAUAUAACUGCAAUAGCUGCGAUAGCUGGAAUAUCGGCUAUUUGUUCAAUAUUAAGCAUUUGCGGUACUGGUUGGGUUAUAGGAACCCAAUUAGUCAAUCUGAAUGGAAAACUAGAGAGCAUGGGGCUGCCUAAUCCUAAACAGUAUAAUGAAUGUACCAGGAUAUACAAGGACAACGAUUGUACGUCUUACGUAGAACUGGUGGCAGAUAUAGAAGUUCGAAGGAGUAAAAUUCGACUGAUUCUAAUUACAAGUUGCGCGAUUGCAAUUUUGGCCGUUUUUUUCCAGCUAAGCGUUUCUCUUCUCGUUUUCUUUUCUGACCUCAAGUCCAUCCGGAGAAGAGCAAGACUUUGGAUGAUUUUUCAUUUUGUGAUCGCAUGGGUUUUAUUGCUCUGCAUAUUGUCAGUCUAUCUAACUCGAACUGGAUAUGAUAUGGGAAUUGAAUCAUCCUCCGAGUUGGUGCAGAAUUUGGAAAAUGUCGUAUCAAUAAUGGAGCCCACUAAAAACUUUAGCUCUUUGUCAACUUUCCUCAAAAUUAGCUUGCCCCUAUUCUACACUGCAGUGAGUUCUAAUCUAAUCUGCGUUUCAAUAUUAUUUUUUAUGGGGAUCUUUGUUUUGCAAAAAUAUAACGAGUACGAGUCACAUUAACGAUUACAUAUGUAGCUAUCUGACCAUUUAACCACUAAUAAUUAUGGUAUAAAUCAACCACAACUUCCUCAAUGUUAUCUAUAGCAUAGAAUUAUUGUAACUUAUGCAGCGAUAUGUAUGCAUGCAUGUAUCAAUCCAUGUUGUGAGAGCGUGCAGAAAGGAAAGUUGAAUAAAGUGGCUGUAUGCUCAGGGAGAGAGAGAAUCUAAA